GUGGAAAACGGGAAGCAGUAACCAAGAGGAGAGGAAGAAGAGCUGAGUAUAAUGAGACCGCUGCUGCUGCGCUCCUCGCUCGGCUGCCUGGCGACACUUUUCGGCUCAUUUUCCGCCUCCGGAAACAAACUGGUGACACAAGCAGCAGCGGGUCCUCAUCUGCUUUAUUUCAGAAAAAUGCAUUAUCAAACGGAAGAGCGAGGACAUCUCCAUUCUCCUGACUACCGGAUAUAUUUUAAAACCUCUGAAGGAAAAUACAUCUCACCAUUCCAUGACAUCCCACUUACAGCGGAGACAGAACAGGACAACAAUGUGCCAGCUAAAAAGUCCAAGAAGAAUGAAAGUGAGGUCCUCUUUAACAUGAUAGUGGAGGUUCCUCGAUGGUCGAAUGCUAAAAUGGAGAUUGCAACAAAGGAACCGCUGAACCCGAUCAAACAAGAUGUAAAGAAAGGAAAGCUCCGGUACGUUGCCAACGUCUUUCCUCAUAAAGGUUACAUUUGGAAUUAUGGGGCACUUCCACAGACAUGGGAGGACCCAAACCACACAGACAGCGAAACAAAGUGUUGUGGUGAUAAUGAUCCCAUUGACGUUUGUGAGAUCGGCACCCAGGUGUGCUCUCCAGGUCAGGUGAUCCAAGUAAAAGUGCUCGGCAUCUUGGCCAUGAUCGAUGAAGGCGAAAUGGACUGGAAGGUCAUCGCUAUCAAUGCUGAGGACCCAGAUGCCAAACACAUGAAUAGCAUAGAGGAUGUCCGAAAGAGCCGGCCUGGUCAUUUAGAGGCCACAGUCGACUGGUUUAGGAAGUAUAAGGUGCCUGAUGGAAAGCCUGAGAACCAAUUUGGAUUCAAUGGACAAUUCAAAGACAAGGACUUUGCAGUUGAGAUCAUUAAGUCCACCCAUGAGCACUGGAGGGCACUAGUGCAAAAGCAGGCGAACAGCGGAGGGAUUGAAUGUAAAAAUAUCUCCUGCUGUGAGAGCCCUUUCAAAUGCAGCGCAGAGGAGGCCAGAGACGUGGUGAAAUCGGCUCCUGCAUUUGGCAGUGCACAUCCAGUCUCUCCAGAGGUGAACAAGUGGCAUUUUGUCUGAAGCCCUGAAGACAUAUUUGGAAAUCAGCAAAACAUCUUAACAUCGUAUGAUGCAGCUGCAUCUGGAUUUUUUUUGUUAAGGACUCAUUCUCAGCUGUAUAAAGUGCCAUCUAUGUUUAUAAUCCAUUAAUUUGCUGGAAAAAUAAAGAUUCUAAUACAAAGUACCUUAAAAA